CACUUACACAUCGAUCAUAUAGACGGACGCCUGCCACUUCUACUAUCCCUUCACUUCCUGUCCUCCUCAUCCGAACACUGAACGAGCCACACAAAGCAAUCAGCUCAACAAACCCGGAUCUUUCUUGACAAGACAACUUUUCCUCCCGACGUACGGCAGAUGCAACGGCCGAGGCCCACCAUCACACCCCCUAGUCGCUUAUGUCCAGCAGCGCCAUUCCAUUACUCGCAAGCCACCGUUAGUUCUUGGCUAGGCCGCCAGGCACAGGCAUACCCCUCCAAAGACCGACCAUACCGCAUCUGAAGCUCACCGACCGAGGUACCUCUACUUCCGUGGUGAAGCCGGGCCAGCCUUUAAGCAGCGAUGCCCGCUGUCAAUCAUCCUCAGCUGGGCUUGUACGAGCCGCCCUCGGUUGCCCGUUCUUACCACCACUUCACCUUCUCUCAUUUAUGCACCGGGCUCGCCUUAAUUGCACUUCUGACCGUCUUCCGCCUGGUAGCAUGUCGUGCCAUCUCCUCUGCGACGAGCAAGAAGGAAAAGGCCGCCCAGAGCCAUACGCCGGUCGUUGACGACAUUAACCAUCUCAUUAGACAUCAACGGCUUCAUCAUCCCUUCGCUCAGCAAGACGGCUGGGUAAUGGAAGAAAAGACACGUCGAGUCAGCAGUGACACUGAGGUCGGCGGGCUGCGAUCGGCCGGGGACCCAGAUCCGCAGUUACAUUUCUCGUCUGAAAAUGAGAAAGAAGCGGGAGAGGGUAAGGGAAAGGGGAACGGCAGUGACCCAUCGUCGCGCGGCGCCAUGUUUGCUGCACCGGGAAAGCCUUCAAACAUGGCUUCGGCCCGGUUCAUGCUGUCGAGGCCCCAGCCUCCGCCACCCAUGACGCCUCCGGAAAUAUCGCCGUCCGUUUUCACAUACGACGAGCGCAGGAGGAGCUUCACCAGUGGCGUAUCGGAACUAGACGCUUCCUUCUUUGAACAGCCAAACCCAGACUACAUGUCAUCCACGUCUACAGGAGCAUCGAUAGCUACACAGAGCACGCAUACUACGCGCUUGUCCUUAACGCCUCGAAGGAGAUCCUACACCAAAACACUGUCUAUUGGGACGCCAAUUCCUUCAACGAGUCCUAUCCUUGACGAUGCCGAGAUGACCUUUUCUCCGUCAUCAUACCCGCCCACGUCGCCUCUGCUGCCGGGACCUCCUCCCAUAUACGGCGAGAUCCUUUACGACGAGGCCACAAAUCGAGAGAUCCUAGUUCAAGGCGAGAUCAUCUCUCUCCUUGAUGAUGCCGGCCAAGGGUGGAAACGCCACACUAGGGUGUACGGCGGCGGCGUCUGCCUCGCCUGUGCAGCAUCCGGUGAUGAUGGUCACCACGGCGGUUUCUAUGGAGAGAACGUUUUACCAGAGGAGAAGCGGUACUGAGCCUUUCUUGGAGUCGGUUACAAACAGCUGUCUGAUCAGUGGCUGUCUAUACCCCUUGGUACGAGUUGGUUUCUCGAGGCGUAAAGCAGAAAGAGGUGGGAGCAGGGCCUCACCAGCGUUACGGCGGGACAAAAUGGGUUUGUUCGGUAUUCGAUUUUAAAUCUCGUUGGGAAGGGGCUUCAGCCUUGCAGCAUUUUAG